UUCCUAAUAAGAUAUACCAGUUGUCAAGUGUUAUGGAUGUGUUCUUUUGAUGGCAUACCUUGUAUAUUUUCCUUAAACUCAUAUUUAUAUGGUGAUUAUGCUUAAUCAACAAACGCUGCUGGCAACCACAACACAUAUCCACGUCCAAAUAACUGAAAUAGUUGAGAUUUUUCAAACAUCCUGUCUCUAUGGUAUCUAUUUCGGAGAUCGACUCUUGUUGUGUGCUAUACGAGUGCUGUAUUGGGACUGCUAUCCGCGCUUCCGUCUUCUACAAUGAAACUAUUCAUUUCAGAAAAUACUCCAUUGAACCGAGUUAUGACUGAAACUGAAGUCUCCCUUAUGGGAAGUAUAUCCUGUGUUAGCACUCUUAUAAUGACACCUUUUUGUGGUUGUCUGUUGGACGUGUUUGGAAGAAAGCGAUCGAUGAUUCUUUUCUUUUUGCCACAACUGCUAGCCUGGAUGUUGUUAGUUUCGUUAAAUAGUGUUGAAGCGUUUAUUUGUGCGAUGUUUCUUUGCGGACUUAGUGGCAGUAUAUUUCUUAUCGUUCCCGUCUACAUUAAUGAGUUUUGUGACUCUUCCAUUAGGGGGGCUUUGAGUUCUAGUGUUGCAAUUUCCUUUGGUGUAGGAGUGUUAGUAUCUUACGGCUUAGGAGGUAUAUUGGAGUAUUCUAUAUACAACUAUACAGGACUAUGCUUGGCUGUGAUAAGCUUGAUUUUACUUUAUUUUCUACGAGAAUCGCCGUUUUAUUUGAUGGGAAAGGGUUUUGAAAAGGAAGCAACGUCGUCUAUCGCUUUUUACAAGGGACUGGAACCUGAGUGCAAAGAGGUUAUAGCCGAAAUACAAUAUUUGUCACAACUUCUUGAAAAUAAUAUUACAAAGAAUGAUGAUAUUGAAGAAAUGGAGAGGUUGACGUCAGAAAUAAAACAACCUAUCCAAAAGUUAUCAACAUUAAAAUUUUUGAGAGAAUCAGCUUCAACUCGCCGGGCACUAGUCGUACUCAUCAUUCUGUACACCACAUGUAUAUUCCAAGGUCUGCUUAUAGUACAAAUAUUUGCGAAAUCUUUAUUUGCAAUUGCAAUUCCAAGCAUGUCCUCAAAUCUAUCAUCCGUUAUAUUUGGCCUAAUUUUAGUGCUUUCUGGCUGUUUUGGAACAUAUUUGGUUGAAGCAGUUGGUCGACGAACAUUAUUAAUAGUAUCUUCAAUCGCUACUGGUGUAUUAUGUGUAAUUCUGGGCACACAAUUACAAUUUCAAUGGGGUUCAGGCUGGUUAACAGCAGUUUUAAUAUAUGUUUAUACCAUCACGUAUUCCUUUGGAGCUGGAUCUGUUCCGUAUAUAUUGAUAGGAGAGAUAUUUCUACCCCAGAUUAGGAGUUUUGCCAGCACCCUUGCUUUAGAGUGGGCAUAUUUCUGUAACUUCGUCUUACUUUUUAUUUUCACUCCACUAUUUAAUGCUUUUGGUUUGGGUCCCAUCUUCCAUUUUUUCGGGGGUUUCAGUUUCUUCACUGCCUUAUUUGCUUUCAUAUAUCUUCCAGAAACAAAGAACUUGCCAGUAGAUGUUAUUCAAAGAAAGUUUUUAGAAAGAAAUUAAUUUCAAUAGUUAACUCUUAUACUAAAAUAUUUGAUGAAGAUACUUCGUCAAUAUUAGUUAAGGAUCACAAGGAAUGGUUUGAAAUUAUAUAAAGAGUCAAAACAAUACAUGCAAUGUCCUGCAAGUCACAUUCACCAUAAUAUCACAAUUCUAAGAAUAGAAAACAAGGAUGAUGUCAAAUUGCCGCCAAGAAAUAAUUGUUGGUGCAAAAGCUGCAAUUAUGAUGUUUGGUAUGGACAGCAGCACGAAGAAGAGAUUUUAACUGAGAUUGAUACUUCGUUAAAACAGAGAUGAUCAUUUUUGGGUCUUAGGGUAAUUCACAAUAGACGAUGUUUUAUGGAAACCCUGUCCCAAAAAGGAAAACCCGACGUACAAAUUUAAUAAUUAAACCAGGAUGGAAAAUUUUUCUCAUAUAAGAUGGUUGGUCUCUUUGUAGAACAAAAAAAGGAUUCCUCUGAUAUUGUGCCAUGAACAAAUACAGUAGUGUCAAUUUAGUUUGUCAAUAUAGUUUUAAGUUGAAUUCGAAGAGAACAAAUAAAUAAGAAAUAAAA